AUGGCCACGAAACUUGGGGGCCAGUCUCCUCUGAACCCCCCGGCGGCCAGUCUUGCGCCCGCCAUUCUCACCACGGCGCUAUCCUCCGCGCGACCCUUAUCUGACUUCGAUGCUGGGAUCAAUUCAUCGACCGCAUGGACUGAACAUUUGGAGCGGGGCGCUUCAGAUAUCGGCGGCUCUUUGUCGGACGAAGAGCUGGAAUCCGAACCUGACUACGACGACACUGCAGGACGGCCAGCAAGGGCGCUCUACUCGUUCGAUGGCAAGGCGGAGUUCCGCGAGUUAACGGUCGCGGCAGGAAACGCACUCGAAGUACUCAAAGAAGAGCUACCUGAUGGUUGGAGCCUUGUGAGGUGUGGGCGUGAAGUCGGGUUGCUCCCUCGAUCCUAUUAUACUUUUAUCAAUGACUUCAUCACGUCCCCAACUGGCGAAGUACCUCAACCCGUACCGAGGAAGAAGGAGGCGUCGACCGGCUCGAUCACCCCCAAAGGUUCACCCAAAGCUGGAUCUCCUGGAUUGCCAUUAAUACCCCAAAACACUGGAGAAUGGAUCAGAAUGUUUCCGAGCUUCCGACAGAGUCUCUUUGGCGGCAAGAGCCUCAAUCGAUUCUCACGAUUCGUGACUAGCGGGGCGGAAGAAUGGGUUCUACGAGGCAGCGCGCCCGCACCUCCGUCGCAGCAUUUUAGAGACACGACCAGUGCCAGUGUUGCUGUAUAUCGUGACCGUGGAGCGGCCAGCAGGUCUGUUGGUGGCGACAGCGACAUGCACUACGUUGACGCCGGUUUGCACUGGGAACCCAAAGUACCGACUUUCCGCGUCCUGGUCCACUCGCCAUCCAAACGUUCUUCCGUGCUCACUGGAGCGUACAUUGUAUACAACGUGACCUCAGUAUUCCGAGAUACACAAGAGGGGCUCGACGGCGAGGUCGAGUCAGAGGUUUCUCGCGCCUCUUCGACCACCAUCACGGUCCAGCGUCGGUUCUCCCACUUCGUCGCUUUACAUACGGCCCUUACGAGGAGGCUCCCUGGGAUCGUCCUUCCUCCUCUGCCAGAGAAGCAGUAUGCAGGGCGAUUCAAUGACGACUUCGUGGAAGCUCGUCGAGGCGACCUUGAGCGUUACGUUUCACGUCUUGUGCGACACCCCGUGGUUCGCUAUGCCGAAGUCUUGACAUCGUUCCUGUCAUGCGAGGAUGAGCCGGAGUGGAAGAACCUGUUAUCGCAGCAUUUGUCGCUUCCUCCAGCUGGACCAAGCUUUUAUGCUCGCGUCUAUCACCCUGCGUUCAACCUUGAUGCUGACGAGGCGUCCGAAGCCGCGGAAAGGUUUGAUGCGCAUACUCGAGCUGUCGGAAGAAGCGUUCAAGCAUUACGAAACGUCUUUGGGCAGGUGCGUGAAGCCAGGCUCGGCAUGUCACAAGCAGAACGAGUGCUAUCAUACUCCCUGUUGUCUAUGAUAACCUCCAAGCCUCUCGCUUCAACGUCUACACCGAAAAACACGGAUCCUGAAGAGGUGCAGGCUCCCGUAUUUAAGGGCCUCACGAAUGAGGAUGGUGCCUGGUGCUGGCGGGAGGGCUGUGAAGAGUGUCUCAAGCUCACCAAGGCGAUGCAACGGACGGCCGAUACUCUGCAAACCGUGGCCGACCUAUAUGACGACCAUGCUCGGAGAACGCAACUUAGCACGCAUGAGGCGCUGAAGAACGUCGCACAUCCCUCACCGAUGUAUUCCCCCGUGCUGGACACGCAUAGGUCGACUUUAACUCGAUACAAACAAGCACUGCACGAUGGACGACCGGAUGAAGACGUUGCAGCUCGCUGCGAGACUGUAUUAAAUACCACCAUGGCUGAAAUCGAUGCGUACCACGCGCAGAAAGUCGAAGACGUUUCUUCCAUCGCCAAGGAUCACCUGGACGGCGAAAUACAAUUCUACGAUCAGGUGCUCUCUCGGUUAAGAGCAGCGCGUCAAGCCUACGAUUCGCCACAGUAUGAGGCUGCCGCGCAAGGUCCCCGAAUGCCGUCGAUCUACGAACGCGAGCUCGAACAGCCUCGGCUCACCAGCGAGCCUCUCCCACAGCCGACGCCGCAUGUGUUCGAUUCGCAACCCAUGCGACCCGUCAAUAUUGCCAUCCAGGAGGGCGUCGGAGUUCUUGCAAGCGUGGGUCGAGCGAGCGUCCUAAGUGUUGGCCGUUUCUGGUGAGCUAUUGCUGGCAGAUUUGUGGUGCCCUAGAUACGUUUUGGUGUGCCACCACGUACGAGUACAUGAAUACCCCGGUGAUAUAGCACUUAUUUCUUACACACGCAUUUAACGCAUGCCCCUUCUAAUAUUACACUAUCGCUGGAGCGGCGUAUCUACUCGCAGUCAGAGAAACCCAAACUUCCGAAGCCAGUCCAGGACGGGUGGCACGCGCGGAAGUGGUGUGUCUUGUCGAUGGAGUGCAGCUCAUCGAUCUCCUCCUUGGAGAGCUCGAUAAUUUUGGAGUUGUUGAGAAUCCGCUCGUUGGAAACGGACUUGGGAAUGACGGUGACGUUGGGGCGGUUGGCCUGAAGAGAGAUGAGGACGUUGGCAGGCUGCACGCCGUGCUUCUCCGCAAUCUUCUUGACAAUCGGGUUCCCCUGAAGGGGGGAGCCGUCGGAGCCAAGGGGCGAGUACGCGGUGAUCACAAUGCCCUUCUUCGUGCAAUAGUCAACCUCCUCGAACUGAGGGCAAGAGGGGUGCAGCUCGAUCUGGUUGACUGCGGGAACCACGGUAGCCUCCGCAAGAAGGCGGUCCAAGAACUUCACUGAAAAGUUGGAUACACCGAUGGCCUUGACCUUGUCAGGGUGCGCCUUGUAAAUCCUCUCCAUGUUCUUCCAGGUAUCAAGCCAAUCAUGAGAAGGGUCCGCCUUGCCAUCGCGGGUCAUGGGUGCGGGCCAGUGCAUCAGCCAAAGGUCAAGGUAAGGGGUGUCGAGCUUGCGGAGCGAAUCCUCAAGAGCCUGGUCCGGGUUCUUUUGGUCGGGGUUGUCCAACUUCGUGGUCAAGAAGAUGGACUCGCGAGGAACGCCGGACGCCUUGAUGCCCUUGCCGACCUCCGUCUCAUUCUGGUAAGCAGCGGCGGUGUCGAUGAGCUUGUAGCCGUUCUUGAGAGCAAACUCGACGGCGUGCUCGACCUGGCCAGGCUUGGAUUUCCAGGUUCCGAGGCCGACGGUGGGCAUCUCAGCGCCGGUGUUAAGCUUCACAGUGGCAGGGACGGGCAUGGUUCGUGUACGUGACAGAAGGAUGUGGGAUUGUGUGGGGUCGUAAGUUUGCG